AUGCGGAGGCAGAUGCGGAGGGUCGAGUGGGCCAUCCUCGGCCUGCUCCGGCUCGUCUGCCCAGCGGUCAGCGUGUCACCUGCCAGGGCUGGCGACGGCAUGGCAGGGUCGCGGCCCACGACCGCGGGAGUACUCGAGGGCGGUCAGCUGUACCGCGCCUUCGUCCUGCGAGCUCCUCGCGUCCGCGACGCUGGCCUGCUCGCGCAGGUUGGCCCUCCGGCGAAGGCGGGCCGCCCUCCGAGCGUGCCGCCGCAGCUCAGAGGAUCUUGUCGGAGUGCUGGCAUACUCAGCAGCGCGUCCUGCAGCUGCGCCAUGUCUGGGCAGAUGGACGGCGGCAGCCUCGAGAUGGCCAUUGCCACCUUCUCGGCGGAGUGCGAGGUGCCCUGCGCGGCCCACGCGGCGCCGGACGCGCGCGCGGACGAGGCGGAGGACCUGGCCCAUGUGCAGCCCCUCGUCGACGAGCUGCGCGGCUUCCUGGAGUCGCUGCAGGGCACGGCGCGGGCAGCGCUGCAGGGGGACUCCGCCAGGGAGGCCCUGCUGGACGCAGCCAGCACGGCGGCCUCCGCGGUUGACGCGGCGGAGCUGCUGCUGGCGGCACCUGGGGCGCGCCGGCGCAGUCCCGAUGGGGAGAUCGGCAUGCCCCUACCAGCUGGGGCCGCCUUACUGCUGGAGCAGCUCGAGGGCUCAUGUCCCUGGACUCAAGAGAUCAAGGAAAUCUUCUGGACCUUUGCGACCUUUGCGGCGGUGUCGAAUUUGCGCUUGAACAUGACCGAGACAAUCGCCAUCCCGCUGUCCGACGUGGACGCCGUCUCCAUGCAGACCGAAAUGCCAAAACUGGUCGAUGCCGCAGCUCACCUUUGGUGCGACCAGCACAUACUUACAGUGGUCACGCUAACGGCGCGACGGGCGGAGAAGCAGGGCGCUUACCUCCGGGCGGCCCGCGUUGCGCUGGUGGGCGACAUCGACGGCCCUCUGAGUCGCUCGCUGGCUGGGAACUGGGCUGUCCAGGCCGUGGCAACGUACGAGGCGAACAACGCGUACACCAUGUUCGUCGCCAGCGUUUUCGUCCGGACGAUCUGCGACCGCACGUAA